AUGUGUGAUUCAUCAGCUUCCUCCUCUUCUAGCUCUGAUUACGAAGCAACCGAAUACGAAUCAUUCAAUCGAGCUGUUUCACAGAUGAAUGCAGUUUUCAAUCCUGAGGCAAUAACCGCUUGUCUUAACGUUAUAUUUGACGAAGAAGAAAACGAGGGCCAAGCAGCUUCAAGUUCUUCAGCACCCAAGUUGACUAGAAGGGUGAUCAAUCGAGAUCACCUUGGUGCUGCAAAACUUUUAUACAAUCAUUACUUUGCGCCUAACUGCACCUACCCACCCGACAUGUUCCGUAGAAGGUUUAGAAUGCGAAAGGAAAUGUUUCUCCGCAUAGCGCGAGAUAUACACUCCUUUAACAGCGUUCAACCGCUACCGAAACAUUUUCAGUUUUUCCACAAAGCACCGACAGAUGCUUCUAGUCGUCCUGGUUUUAACAUUUUCCAGAAAUGUACCUCUUCAAUACGCCAGUUAGCGUAUAGCUAUAAGGCUGAUGCUUUGGACGAGUACUUGCAAAUGGCGCAAGAUACUGCGUACCAGUGUUUAGAUGCUUUUUGCAAGUGUGUCAUACACUUGUAUCAAGAAGAGUACUUGAGAAGGCCAACAGAAGUAGAUAUCCAACGGAUAAUUGCUAAACAUGAGCAGGUUCAUGGUUUUCCGGGUAUGCUUGGUAGCAUAGAUUGUAUGCAUUGGGGGUGGAGGAAUGAUGUGUGA